UAAGAUAUUAAACCUUAACACAUCAACUGUUGAGUUCAUAAUAGAUUGUAGAUAUUUCAUAUUUAAUAGUAACUUGAUGUGCUGUUGAGCGUAUGAUAAGAUAAUAUGCAAUAGUCAAGUUCAUAUAACCAACGUUUGGUAGUAAACGAUGCAGUGUUGCCUCGACCUCAUAUGAUGGACCACGAAAAAGUGCCCGAGUUGGAAAGGAUCGUCAAAAUUGGACCGGAGGAGAAUGGCAUUAGUGAAACAAAACACGAUUGCUGCUCGGAAAAAAUAUCUGCGCGGAUCGUGUUUCGUAGACAGGCACUCAUAGCUUUUGGCACAUUUAUGUUAACGCUAAGUGCCGGAGCAACGGCAGGUUUUUCAGCAGUUCUCAUACCCGAAUUGCAGCAUGCUAAAGGAAGACACAAAUACUCAUUGGAAAUGGUAACUUGGAUAGCUUCAAUGUCAUCGUUUGCUUUAGUAUUUGGAAAUAUUAUCUCAGGAUAUUUAAUGGAAAGAUAUGGAAGAAGGAGAUCACAGUUAUACUUGGGUAUAACUUUUAUGUGCGGAUGGGCAACAAUAGGAUUUUCGAAUAACAUGGUGCCUUUGAUACUUGCUGGGAGGUUCAUAACGGGACUUUCACAAGGUUGGCUGGGCCCUCUUGGUCCUGUAUUUGUUGGUGAAAUAAGUUCACCGAGACACAGAGGUCUGUUUCUUGCUGCAUUAUCUUUGGCUAUUGCUGGAGGUGUUUUUAUGUCACAUUUGUUUGGGACUUUUCUACGAUGGAAUAUAGCAGCUCUUUUAUGCGGAUCGUUUUCCAUGAUUGGAUUCGCUAUAAUAUAUUAUGCACCAGAAUCACCAUCUUGGCUCGCUUCUAAAAAUCGCAUCGAUGAAUGCAUAAAAUCUUUUCAAUGGUACAGGGGUGUUAGCUUGGAAAUGAAAACAGAAUUGGAAAAAAUGAUUUUCGAACAAACAAAGAAAGAUCAGAGUCAAGGUAAAUUGGAAGCAUUAGCAAUAAAUAUAAAGAAACCGGAGUUCUGGAAGCCACUGUUUAUAAUGAUGACGUUUUUCGUUAUCACACAACUGUCGGGAAUCAAUGUGAUUUGCGCAUAUACAACUGAUAUGAUGAAGAAAUUGAUCGGUAAACACUCUAGUAAAUCUCACACUUAUGCAGCCAUGUUGACUGUUGAUGUCAUAAGAUGCGUGUCAUUAGUAUUCGCGUGCAUUAUACUUAAAAAAUUAGGUCGUCGACCUUUAGCAAUGUUUAGUGGAAUUUCUACAGCUAUAUCCUUGUUGACAUUGGCUCUUUAUUUGUAUUUUGUAGAGACGCGUGUUAUAAGACACAUGUCACCAAUUGUAUCGUUAGGAUUAAUGACGCUAUACAUUAUUGUAUCGAACAUGGGGAUUGCACCUUUACCUUGGAAUAUGGUUGGAGAAUUAUUUGCCACUGAAACUAAGGGCUUGGGUUCAGGUAUAAGUGUCAUGAUGACUUCUAUUGCAUUUUUCGUUACAAUAAAAACAGCUCCUUACAUGUUUGAAAGUAUGGGGCACCAUGGUACUUAUUUAUUUUAUGGUUUAUCGACUUUGUUUGGAACAGUGUUUUUGUACUUCUAUCUUCCUGAAACUAAAGGUAAAACUUUGUUACAAAUAGAGGAGUACUUCAGAUACGGUAAAAAAGAGAAUUUCAAAGAAGUCACGACAAAAGAAGAAACUAACAAAUCACCAGUUUGAACUUGAAGUUCAUGAAUCAGUGGUGUAACUUAAUAAAAGGGAUUGGAUAUUCAGAUACAUAAAAAGCAUUUCAUGAAAUCGUUUUGUAUGUAACAUUUGAUAUUGAUAUACAAAGUUCAUAAGUAUUAGUCUUUACGUUUUACUUGUGGAUAAAGUCCAUGAUUGUGUUUGUUUAUCUACAGCGCGAAUAUUAUGAAUCUAUAAAUUUUAAUCACGAUCACUUGACGAUUUAAAUGAUCUGAUAGCGUUAUUUAUUAGGUUCUCACUUGACUUAAUUUGAUCAUUAUUACAAAAUUAUUACAGUUAGAUAUUUCAAUCAUCAACAAAAUGUGAUAUAAAUUGGUGUCAAAAAUGAAUCGUAUGUAUUGUUCCUUCUUUGUGACUCAUUUAACCAAGUGCACAUCAGGUCACUAACAAAUGUAAAAUUUUACACAGUCAAUUUUAAACUCUGCCAGCAAAGUAUUAAACUUUAAAAUUAGAUAGGACAGUUUUGUAUAACUUUUACGAGCUGUUGACUAUACAAAUGAUAAUAAGUAUGUAAAUAAAAAUGGUAUUUUUAAGAUGGAUAAAUUAAACUAUUAUUUUUUAGGAAUAUAUAUUUUAUUUUGUACAGAUAUUAAAUAAAUGUGUUUUAAUUAAAAAUGUGUUAAUUAUUUGGAUAAGUACACUGCUUUGAGGUUGAGUAUGAUGAGAGGCCGACUCUACAUGUUGUAGGUACAUAUGUAUUUAUCGCAAGUAAAUGUUAAAAUUAUAAAUCUUAUCAAACAAUGCAUACCAUUUCCCUAAAUAAAACUAGUAGCUUUAUCAAAUUCAAAAUAAGUUCAAGAAAACGAGAAGCAAUUUUUCUAUAUUUAGCAAAACUCAAUAAAACGGUUAAAUAAUAAUUAAUCGUAUGAUAUUAAAAAGAAACAGAUUGCAAAAGUAUAACAAUUUUAUUAGUUGUUUAAUCAUGACUUAAUUAUUUAUAUAAGAUUUUCAUCAAAGUAUAGAUAUUAUUUUUUUGCCCAUUUACUAAACCAAUUCUGCGAUUCGAUCUAAUCAUUAG